AAGCAGCCUCAAUGUUCGGUGCCACGUACUGUACCCGUCACAGCCAAUGAAGACAGGACCCGGACUCUCCUCUCUCGCGGAAGAAGCCGAAGAGGACAAGGCGAGGUCCAUUGACGCCGGUGAGGUGAUGGGAUGGUUCGAUCGAAUCAGUGCGUAGUUCCAUUUUCCAUUAGGAGGGAAUUUCGUUCGGUGGAUUGUGUCUUUAGGGAGUAGUGUUUGUGGUUUCAGGGUUAGUCCAGAGGCAGGAUCCACGACUCUGCGCAUGUCUUGUUCUUUGGAGGAACGUCUAGGGGAUUAGGCUAAGGGAAUUUGUCGUGGGGAUCGCAAUUGUUCUGGAAAAUCGAUCGCCUUUCAGGCAAGUGAUAGCGGGCGAAGGACGGUGUGCGAGCUCUGGAGGUAGUUCACGGCUGAUCGCGUGAUCGACUUCGGAACAUUGCUGAUAGCAGCGUUUUCUUUCGUCGGUGGCAGAGACGAAGGUGGAGCAGGGCAGGGUUAGGACUUGAGCGAGAAAGGCUGUGGAGUAUACAGUGAUUUGGAGGUUCGAUAGAGAACUCACUGUGCAAGUUUCGUAGAGUUUGGAAGAAGACCAGGGCAAGAGGAGGUUUGCACAUACGAUACGGUCGGAUAGUUUGCAUGUUGGAAGUGGCAUGAAGCAUGUUGAAGGAAGCGGGAGCUCCCAAGCGAGGAUGCAGGAUCCAGAAUUGUCACCCCUUCAAUCUCAAUCGCAGUCCCAGCAAGUCAACGAAGACUCGCAAGCUCCUCAGUCGACAGCGGGGGCUGAUGGAGGAAGUUUUGAUUGUAACAUAUGUCUGGAGUUAGCCCAAGAUCCGGUGGUCACUCUUUGCGGACAUCUUUUCUGCUGGCCCUGUCUCUACCGCUGGCUGCAGAUCCAUUCUAUCUGCCAGGAAUGUCCUGUUUGCAAAGCGAGUGUGGAAGAGGAGAAGGUUAUACCUCUUUAUGGACGAGGAAAGGUGGGGUCGGUUGAUCCCAGGACCAAAGCGGUUCCAGGAUUGAACAUCCCUCACAGACCAGCGGGGCAAAGGCCCGAUACAGCCAGGCACGCAGAUCAACACUCUUAUCAGCACCAUGGUUUCAAUUUCAUGCCUGGGCCUGGAGGUCCUGCCAGUGCACGAUUUGGAAACAUUACUCUUUCAGCUGGUUUUGGCUUGUUUCCAUCACUCUUCGGCUUACAAUUACAUGGCUUUCCGGAGACGGCCGGUUUAGGUGGCACCUCAGGACUUCACUUUGGGCCCUCUGGUCCGGGUUCUCAGAGUUCACACAUCCAUGCUUCUCCCCCAAUUGUACCUGAUCAGCAGCAGGAGGCGCUACUUUCAAGACUCCUCCUCUUACUUGGAUGCUUUGUCAUUGUCUGUCUGCUUCUCUUCUGACCUUUUAGGUCAUUGACGGAUUGUCCAUAAGACUGGGACCAGUAGGCAACACUCUAUAUCUUGUACAUUUGUUGGUCGGAACGGUUUUAGUGAUACCGCCUCUUCUUUUGCCCAUUUGUAAAUUAUGCAUUCUCUCACGGUCAUACUUCACAGGCUGUGAGGCAAAUGUCUUAGAAUUGAUCUCUCUGGAAGUGGAUACUUUCCUGGGCAACUAACCUGUUCAUUUCCCACGGAAGCAGUUUUACGUUGUCUUCCAUGAUCCUGCCUUUGCGCUCCUGAAAAGGUUCGAGGUUGUUCGCUAUUAUAUUCCUCCAGAGGUGGUGUUUUGGCUUCCCCUGCACAUCUUGAAGAAGUCACAGACGAAUCCAGUUGCGAGGAUACUUAGGAGAAGCGGAUUGUGCACUGCGGUGCGAGUCGGAAGUAAGCUAGUGCUGUAGCUCAGUAGAAGCAUAAGACAAGGUUGGGUAUGAGAAUGGCUUGUAGCAGAUGGUGUAAAAUGUCCAUCAGAGCGUCGAAGCGUCUUCAACUUGGCCUUCCAUUGCGAGUUUGUGGAGUAGCAGAGUUGGUGGAGUCUCUACGACGGGCGCUAUUUUUCUUUCAAAAUGCAAGUCGGUUGACCAGUACAUAUGUGUUGAAAUAAUUCUUCGAUUUGUAAGUUAACGUUGAAGCCGGAUGGAAAUACCAUGCGAGUUAAGCUUCCUUUUGAAAAUAGAAAGCUUCGUUCUUUCAUUUUUCUAAUUCUAAGCGAAGUUCAUCAUAUGCAAAGCAACUGUUGGAACUUCACACAUGAUUCCGGGAAUUCUUUAGACUUCUCUAGUUGGAGUUAGUGUUUCAUUGCCGCAUCUGGUUAUUCUCCACUGGACGGCCAAGUUUCACUCCAGAUUCAUUCCGUUGAGAAGUGGACAGACAACACUCUCUUAUAUUCUUUACCGGACAUAAUGAGCCUUGACUCUCCUCCACCGUCUUUCUACUAGCAAUGUAGCAAGAAAUGAGUAAUAGGUUGACGAUAAUAUGGUUUGUGAUGUAUUACAGUGCAAAUUGGAAGAUUGCUUGUUGACUGGUCUU